ACAUAGUUCUUUUUCACCUGAGCUUCCUCUCCUUCUAACCCUUUCUUUCCCUUAUCCGUCUUCUUUGUUGAAGAGUUCACCGACUGACACAGUGGACAGGUCGGUUUGAUACCAUCUAUCGUACGACUAGCGCUGCGUGAGAUCUGUCAAUUGCCCGCCACCGAUUUGUGACGAGUGGCUUAUAGACUUUGCCCACCAUGUUAUCGAACCCACAUCGGAAUCUACAGGAACGACAUCGACAACAUCGGCGGCAGAUCUCAACACCCUCCGCUCUUGAUGCCGCCAAAGUUCCCAGUCUUCCUGCCCAGGCAAUGCACCGAUACCAUGCUCAUCGUCGCGGCCAGAGUCUAGACCAGAGAUCUCUACACAUGCAGCGAUCGCAGACCGUGCAAGAUGGUAACCUCUUAAAUACUAACGCAACAGGUCCCCUGGUAAUGCAACAGCAACACUAUGCUCGUUCGGCGCAACCGACACCCAUGCCCGUGAUGCCUGAGUGCCACACGUUCAGUCAUGAAGAAUUGCAAACCCAACCAAGUAUGGGAUACAUGAGCCCAGCCUUCGCCAAGGCCGAGACCCCGGCGCUGGAAAGUCGGCCGAUGAACCUCCAUCUCAAUUUGAUCCAGCAACAGCAGUUGCAGCAAGCACAGCUCAUGGAGAACAGCGCUUGGGAUUUCUACCCACACGACAAUCUCCCAACGGGACUUCCGCACCAGGCCAACGCAGUUCCGGCAGAUAUGAGACGACUAUCUGUGCAGUCGGAUGUCAGUCCCGCGCAAAGACCGCAUACGCCGAAACCUACGCACUACCUUCCCAUUACCCCUGCGACAACACCAUUCAAGAAAACAGUGGAUCUUGCGCAGUAUGGUGGCGACAUGCAGCCAACCCCUACCAAGGAGCAGAGAUUGUCUGUUCCCGUUUCAGCCCAGCCGUCGUACAUGCAACGUGCUAAGUCUCUCCAAGGAGUGGCUGGGACGACCUUCUCCCAGCAAAAGAUUGAUAUGCCCUCUCCCCCAAAUACAGCAUCCUUCGAGGUGGAAAGUUUCGAUGUGUUUGACUGCCAGCAGGGUUCCAGUUUCGAAAUUUCAAAGUCUGAAAGUUUUUCAUCUAACCAUUCUUCAACGUCGUCGUCAGCAACAUCCCCUUUCAAUUCCUCGCCCAACCUUGCCUCCAUGCCGCACCUUGCAGACAGUGGUAAGGCGCAGAAGAUUCCUAUUUACCGUGCAACACCUAGCCGUAUGACCCCAAAGAAGACACCAAGUGCACCCCCUAGCUCGGCCAAACCCAAGCUUUCUCCAAGGGUAGCGUCUAUCGACAGCCUCAAUCUUGACGUCAGGGUCCAUGCCUCUAUCAAAGAAACUGGUGUCACCAUUGACGAGAUAGCAUCAUACAUCCAUGGUCCUGACCCAGAAGAUGGAAAAUGGGUAUGCCUACACCCCGGUUGCGAACGCCGGUUUGGAAGGAAAGAGAACAUCAAGUCCCAUGUCCAAACACACCUUGGAGAUCGUCAAUACAAAUGUGAUCACUGCGAUAAAUGCUUCGUCCGCGGACACGAUCUUAAGCGCCACGCCAAGAUACACACCGGUGACAAACCAUAUGAAUGCCUCUGCGGCAAUGUGUUCGCCCGACAUGAUGCCUUGACUCGGCACCGGCAACGAGGCAUGUGCAUUGGCGGCUACAAGGGUAUUGUGCGCAAGACCACCAAACGCGGUCGUCCGAGAAAGCAUCGGCCUGAAAUGGAUGAGAGGCAAGAUAAGUCCUCCAGGACGCGCCAGAGAAUCGCUGAAAAGUCAUCGUUUGAUUCUUCUGGAUCAGACACUUCGCGCAAUUCGCCGCCCUCGGAAGUCUUCGAAAACAUGAGUCUCCAGGGUUCUAGUCCGGUGGGAGAGAUGCCAAUGUUCGGCAAUGUUAAUUACUCAUUGCCCCCUGAGGUCCUGACUUUCACACCUCCCGCCUCUCCUGGGGGUAGCAUAAGAAACAGACCAUCGCCUGCCCACAGUCAGCGAUCGAUUACCCCCAGCACGGAGGAUGAAAUGCCACCCUUGUCUCCAUCCAAACGACCUCUGGAAAGGAUCAUUGAAGAGUCCGGUCUACCUCUAAUUUCGGACCCUGAAGCCUGCCCCUACACGCACACUACAAGCUCAACAACUCAUGCCCUAUCUUCCCCACACACCGCCCCCACUUUGAUCGACUCAUCAAAUGGCUCAGACCUAGACAUUUUCAUCAACCAAGAUCCAUCUACAAGCUUCAGCAAGCACGAGUUCCCUGGCUUGACUGACCCUGACAUGGCGGCAUUCCCUGAUUAUGUGAACGGUCCCUCUUUUGAUAACGGCAUGGAUUUGUUCCAAGGCAAAGGCUUCUCUAACGGUCCCUCAAUGGGUGACGAUUUCUUUUCUUUCCAAUUCCAAAUGGACGAACAACCCUCGGACGUUAUGACGAGGGAAUUCUUCUUGGAGUGAAGGACUCGCAAACGACAAUUUAUAGACAUGGAAAAACAUUGAUGGAGACUGACGACGCAACGACACUCGAAUAAUGGUGAAUG